CUCACUAGUUACUAAAAUAAAUCCCAAACAUGGGUGUACAUUUUGGAAUAUCCACAUUAUUUGUUUUUUGUUUGCUAGGCUUAUCAGCAAAUGCUAAAGUAUUCAAAAUCACUUCUCCUACAGGGUCUGAUAUCACUAGUGCAUUGUUGAAAACAUUCAAUGAGGCAUGCCAGUUCCCAACGAAGGCCACCGUUAUGAUCCCAAAAGGUGAAUACAAGCUUGGGGAAAUAGAAAUGGUUGGUCCAUGCAAAGCUCCGAUAAGGAUUGCUCUUCAAGGCACCGUGAAAGCUGACGGAAACAUUAAAGGAAAGGACUUUUGGGUCGCUUUCAAAAAGAUUAAUGGGUUUAAGUUGAACGGAGGUGGUGUCUUCGACGGUGAAGGCAACGCAGCAUGGAGGGUUAAUAAUUGCCACAAGACAUUCGAAUGCAAGAAACUCCCCAUCAGCGUACGGUUUGAUUUCGUGACUGACGCUAAGAUAAGAGGCAUAACCUCGUUAGAUUCAAAGAACUUCCACAUCAACGUGAUAGGGGCAAAGAACAUGACAUUCGAAGACAUCAAGAUCGUGGCACCUGCUGGUAGUCCAAACACCGAUGGAAUCCACGUGGGAAGGAGUGAUGGUAUCAAGAUUAUCAACUCGUUCAUCUCCACAGGAGAUGACUGUAUCUCUGUUGGAGACGGGAUGAGAAACCUUCUUGUGGAAAGAGUUACAUGCGGUCCAGGACAUGGAAUCAGUGUUGGAAGCCUUGGAAGGUACGGGCACGAGGAAGACGUUACUGGCAUCAGGGUCGUGAACUGCACACUCCAAAAUACUGACAAUGGUGUAAGGAUCAAGACAUGGCCGUCUGCGAAAUGCGCCACCACUGCCUCGGAAAUCCAUUUCGAGAAUAUUCUCCUCAAGAACGUUAGCAACCCUAUCCUCAUCGACCAAGAGUACUGCCCUUGGAACCAAUGCAACAAGCAGAAACCAUCAACUAUCAAGCUGGUGAACAUUAGCUUCAAGAAGAUCAGAGGAACGUCAGGGAACAAAGACGCGGUGAAGCUUUUGUGCAGCAAAGGAUAUCCGUGUAAGAACGUGGAGAUUGGUGACAUUAACAUUAAGUAUACCGGAGCAGACGGUCCAGCGACGUUCAGUUGCUCCAACGUAUCUCCGAAGCUGAAGGGAACUCAGGUUCCUAAAGCGUGUAGCAGCCCAGUGCCGAAGUUACCAGGCCAGAAAUAGAAGCUUCUCGAGUGUAUAUAAUACAAACUCGAUCACACAUAAUCUAAAUGUACACCCUAGUGUAUGUUAUAAUUCUUUCAGCUGAUAUCUUUGUAAAGUAACCUAUGUAUUUUUUGGUGGCCGUAUUGGCCCUAAAAAAGAAUUUGCAUUUUUUGCUAGCUAUAUAUUGUAAGAAAUGCAUAGUUCUUGGAAACAAAUACAGUAUAAUCUAA